AGCGCGCGAGGAAAAUAUUGUCGGCGUCGCGCGUACACUACACCCGGCAACGUUGUUCAACGGGGAAUAUAAAUACGGACGUCUUUAUAGCUAAACGGCCAGUCUCUCAUCGACGGACCGUCGAACUCUCGAGUCUAAUCUAGCAGAUAUCAGGCGGAUUAAGUUAUCUAUAUCACGAUGGCAAUCGUAGUCUUCGCUGUAUCCCUCAUGCUACUCGCUUCUCAGGCACAGGCUGAGUACAGCUGGGCAAUUCCAUGCCGCUCGGCAUUGCAGUGUGCAAGUGUUUUGGGAUCAGCGCAAAGCCCACAUUUGUUCAAAUGUGCCCAGGGUUAUUGUUUGUGCGCCAAUAUGACGACUCAAACGUACGACCUGUGCUCCAACAAGGACAUGAUUCUCACAGCUGGGGCCUCAGGACUGAGGCGCAACUGUACAGAUCGUGAGGAUUGUAGCUUAGUUGAGGGAGCGGAUUGUCUGAUUCCAGAACAGAACGACUCGAAGGACAAAUCUAAUAAAAUUUGUCUAUGUCAAUCGGACAGGGUGGAAAGUGAGGAUGGCCAGUCGUGUUUACCAGUGGUUGUGGAGGUUGGUGGGAAGUGUCUGGAACACUUACAAUGCACCAAACGACUUGGAGACGGCGCCGAGUGUUCGGAUGCACAAUGCCGUUGCAAACCUACUCACCAUUCCAAUAACUUCAAAUGCAUUCGUAAUUUAGGGUUUGGAGACCAGUGCAAAGUCGAGGAAGACGCCUGCUACGAUAAAAAUACGUUGAUGGGAGAGAAUCUGUUGAUUUGCACUAAAAACUACGGCUGUAGAUGCAAGAAACACUGGACUUACAACCAGGAGAGUCAACAUUGCGAGUUUUCAAGUGCAUCUCAGGCAGCUGUUCAUUUUGUAACUUUGUUGGUACUAAUUUUAAUAAUUGCGCUUUUUUAACGUUACGAGAAUAUCUCAAUUUUGUGAUACGAUUAAUUUACAAGUCUGUUGCGUAUUUUAUUGUUAAGCGUUUGUUUCUCGUAUUGUAUAUUUUUAAUUGUUAUAUUUUAAAUUGUUCUAGCGUAUUUUAAUACCUUGUUGCACUUUAAAUUUUCAAAUGUAUGUUUUAUUUAUACAAAUAAUUUUUGAUGAAAAUACUUUUUAUUGCGUUUGCUUGCGCGAUAUACAUAUAAUUUUCAUCUGCAUCUAAUUUGUUGAAUAAUUGUCAGUUGGAAUAAAAGUAAAUAUGAUUUUAUAUGUUGUCAUUUCUAUUUUAAAAUUAGUAAAGCUAUAUAUCAGUUA